AUGGCAGCCGAGGGGGAUAAAAUGCUGGGAGGAAGGUUUGUCGGAAGCACAGAUCCAGUCAUGGAGAUGCUUAGCGCUUCCAUUACCUUUGACCAGAGGCUGGCUGAAGUUGAUAUCCAGGGGAGCAUGGCUUAUGCCAAAGCCUUGGAGAAGGCUGGGAUCCUAUCUAAAACUGAGCUGGAGAAGAUCCUGAGUGGCUUGGAAAAGAUCUCUGAGGAAUGGUCUAAAGGAGUCUUCGUGGUGACCCAAACUGAUGAGGAUAUCCACACUGCCAACGAACGCAGACUAAAGGUUGUGACUGACUUGAAGCUGUUCAUGAAGAAUUCCCUCUCCAUCAUCUCCACUCACCUCCUGCAGCUCAUUAAGACCCUGGUGGAACGCGCUGCCAUAGAAAUUGAUGUUAUCUUGCCUGGCUACACCCACCUGCAGAAAGCUCAGCCCAUCAGAUGGAGCCAGUUCUUGCUCAGCCAUGCUGUUGCUCUGACCCGCGAUUCUGAGCGCCUGGGAGAGAUGAAGAAGAGGAUCAAUGUCUUGCCUUUGGGAAGUGGUGCUCUGGCUGGCAACCCACUGGAAAUUGAUAGAGAGCUUCUGCGUAGUGAGCUGGACUUUGCUUCCAUCAGCCUGAACAGCAUGGAUGCCGUUAGCGAGAGAGACUUUGUGGUGGAAUUUCUCUCUGUGGCCACCCUGCUGAUGAUCCACCUUAGCAAGAUGGCAGAAGACCUCAUCAUCUACAGUACCAGCGAGUUUGGCUUUCUAACCCUCUCUGAUACCUACUGCACUGGCAGCAGCCUGAUGCCUCAGAAGAAGAACCCCGAUAGUCUGGAACUGAUCCGCAGCAAAGCUGGUCGCGUGUUCGGACGGUUGGCUGCUAUUCUCAUGGUUCUCAAAGGACUUCCAAGCACCUACAACAAGGAUCUACAGGAGGACAAGGAGGCCGUCUUUGAUGUUGUGGACACCCUGAAUGCUGUGCUCCAGGUUGCCACUGGAGUGAUUUCUACCCUCCAGAUCAACAAGGAGAACAUGGAGAAGGCUUUGAGCCCUGAGAUCCUGUCAUCCGAUUUGGCUCUCUACCUGGUUCAUAAAGGAAUGCCAUUCAGACAAGCCCACGCUGCCUCUGGGAAGGCCGUCCACCUUGCCGAGUCUAAAGGCACCACCAUCAAUAAUCUCCGCCUGGAUGACCUGAAGAGCAUCAGCCCCCUGUUUGGCAGCGAUGUCUCCCAGGUCUUCAGCGUUGUCAACAGCGUGGAGCAGUACACGGCCAUGGGCGGUACUGCCAAGAGCAGCGUGACUGCCCAGAUCGAGCAGCUGAGGGAGCUGCUGAAGAGGCAUAAGGAACAAGCUUAGAGUGUGGGGAGAUAUCCCGUGGAUGCCACGUUGUG